CAUUUCUAUAUUGAUCCAUCCAAACGACCCCUCUUUUAGCAAUUUUCAUAUGCUGAAAAGGACCUUGCUUUUAAAUUUUCAUCCAAUAGAAUGUAUGAGAUUUAUCUAAAUUAGGAAGUCAUAUGUUGUGGUCUACACUCUACAUAUACAAAUAUACAUUAUAGGAACAAUAUCAAACUUUAUAUUUUAUGAGUCUAAAAGGAUGAACAUUUAACUCUUGAGUGGUUAUUCAAAGUAUUAAGUAUGUGUAUAUAUUAGAUAUAUAACUAAUUAUUUAUCUGGUUAGUUUGGUUUGGCUGGUUAGGAGUGUCUGAAACCAAAUCAAACCACCUAAAGCAAACAAGCUAACAACUUUAACCAAACCAAACCAAUUAUCCAAAUUAACCAAACCAAAUUAUCCAAAUAGUACUGGUUAAAACGGUUACCAUGGUAACCACACCGUUUGAACACCCCACAAACGACCCCUUAUAGUUCAAGAUUUCUAUUCACUUGUUACACUCAUUGUACCCGAAAAUGCAGUGUUUGACUAAUCUUUACUUUAUUAAGAAGCCCUCGUAAAAACGAGAGGAGAUUUUGGCAUUAAGAAACAAUUUGAGGAGGAAAAUUUGAAUCAUUAAGAUGCGUGGCAUGUGAGAGAUCAACAUGAAUCGAUUUUGUUAAACUGUGCGGUAAGGAAUUAUUAAAUCAUGGAAGGGCGUAUUUGUUAAACUAUGAUAUGGACUGAAUUACAGUCUGAGCACACAGUUUGGGUUAUUUUGUAAUAUCGAAACUCUACAGGAAUCAAAUUUGCAUAUUAGCCAACACACCGGAGAACAAAAACUUAAACGCUAUUCGUCGCCCUAAAAUUUAAAUUUUAUCGCCCUAAACCACACACGUAUACCCCUAUCACAAAUCAAACCUAAACCCUAGAGCAUUCUCUCGGCAACCAAAAUCCGCCGCCUCCCAUUCUUGGCAAAAUCCAGAACUGGCGAUGUCGUGUUGCUGUUGCUAGGCGGAGGAGGACGGUCGCUGCUGCUGUCGCCGAAUUCAAUCCCCGCCACCUGCUCUAUUUAUGCAUGCAACCAUUCAUGGAGGCACAUGCCAAGUUUAAGGAAUUGGGGGAUAUAUCCUUUGUUCAUUCAAAUUGAACAAUUAAUCACGGGGACCAUUAAUCUAGACAAAACCUCUACAUCCUUUGUGUUUUAGUUUUUUGUAAUUUCAUUCUUAUGUAUAUGAAUCGAUUAGGAUGUCGAAAAAUUUCAUAAUGUAUGUUCAUAUUUUUAUUUUGUCACUAAGUGAAUGUCUUAGAUUCUUUUAUCAUGCCUAAUAAAAACACAUUUGAUAAUUCCCCGCGCAAAACUCGCCCUUCCUCUGCUCCCUCCAAAAUAGAAUCCACAGCUUCUCUCUGUCCCAAUCUUCACCUCAACUUUCUCUCCCUCUGAUUCCAAUUCUCAGCGGCCAAACAAACAAAACUCCCUCCCCUUUUCCGCUUCCAUCAUCCGAUCUUCACAUCGAACUGUGAGAAUCAAGAACCAGCGAUUGCAUUGCUCUGCCAUUUUUUUACAAAUUUCAAAGCUUUUCCCAUUUCCGCUUCUCAAUGUUUCUGAUCCUGCAAUCUUUCAGGUAACCCCACAAUUCCUGAAUCUGAAUCCUGUUUCUUCUUCUUCUUCGACGAUUCAUAUUGCAAGAUCUGCAGAACCCUUUUUGCAGUUAACUUUCUGGGAGACCAAGAAGAAAACUAGAAACAGGGGGUAAAAAAAUGGUGAAUAUACGGGUAGCGAAACCUGAAGGGAAAAAGGAAGGCGGAGGAGAGAUCGGCGAAAUCGACACAAGAGCUCCUUUUCAAUCCGUCAAGGCCGCCGUCAGCCUCUUCGGUGAGGUCGCCGUCAAAGCCAGACCGUCCUUCAGAAAAACCAACUCCAGGCUUUCUUCUUCCUCUUCCGAGAAUGUGCUCGACAAGGAGACCCAGCUCCUCCUCUGCCGCAGGGAAUUCGAGAAGUACCGCCACAAGCUCGAAUCCGCCGAAACCGCCAAAGCCCGAACCAACGCCGAGCUCGAUCGGGCCAAGAGAACCCUCGAAGACCUCCGGACCAAGCUCAACUCCAUCAACCAAUCCAAAGUCUCCACCUUGAAUGCCGCUGAGGCCAUCAAGCAACGGGCCAAAACGCUGGAGGUCGCGAAAUCGCAGAAGGACAUGGGGCAGUCACAGAGGAACAAGGACCUUCUAGAAGCCAGAGAGCGAUACGCCGUCACUUCGGAAGAGCUGAAUUCGGCCAAGCAGCAGCUAAACAAGAUCAGACAAGAUUUCGACGCCACGUUGGAAGCGAAAUGGGCUGCUUUCCAGCAGGCUGCCGAGGCACAGAGGUCGGCCAACAUGAACGCCGAGCGAGCCGCCGAGCUGUCGAAGGAGAUUCAGGCAAUGCGGGAGUCAGGGCAGCAUUUGAAGGUCGCGGCGGUGGAAGCUCAGGAGAGGCAACAGAAAUGUCUGGCCGAGAAGAGCCGUCAUGUUGAAGCUUAUAAAGCUGCUAAGGAGGAAGUGGAGUUGCAUGUUCAGCAGUUGAGGAAGGAGUUCGAUCCAGAGCUUGUUCUGGUUCUUGAUGAGAGGCUCAGAGAGACGACGGCAGAGAUUGAGGAUUUGCAGGGCAGGAUGAAGAAGGCUCAUGCUUCAGAGAUGGAUUCCGUGAAGGGGAUCACCACGGAGCUCAAUCAGGCCACGAGGACGUUGCAGGAGAUCGCGGAGGAAGAGAGCAACCUCCGCGUGAGAGUGAACAACAUAAGAAUGGAGCUGGAGAAUGUGAAGAUGGAGAAGGCUCAGCUGAUGGAGAAAGAAGCAGAAAGGGAAGUGCUAGAAGCAGAAGAGAAGAGAGCCGUGAAGCAGCUGAUGUCAGAAGCCGAAGCAGCAAGAAGAGAAGCCGAGGAGCUCCAGAGAACCGCGUGGGAGCACAAGGAGCAAGCCGAUUACGCUAGAGCCAUGGCGAAGCAAGCCGAGGAGAAGCUUCUGGUCUGCACCACGGAGAUCGAGGUGGCGAGAGCUGCUGCAUUGAGAGCUCACACCGAGAUGAAGAAGAUGUCCGAGUCGAAAACCAACGAGGAGAUUUCUUCCAACAACAACAACAGCAACAAGAAGAUGCGCAUUUCUAUGACCGAGUAUCAGGCGCUGCAGAAGAAGCUGGCCGAGAGCCCUGCAAUGGCGGAGAGAACUGUGGCAGAGACCAUGAACCAGCUUGAAUCGAUUAAUACGAAAUCGGAAGAACAGGCGAGGAAGCUGGAGGCGAACCGGAAGGCAAUUGAGGAGAUUAAGGAAGCUACGGACAUUGCUAUGCGGUCUGCUGAGGCGGCUGAGGCUGCAAAACGUGCUGUGGAGGCCGAACUGCAGAAGUUGCGAGAACAGGGGACUUCUGCAGGAGCAUAAUGAAGAAGAACUACUACUGACCUUGCUUCCCAAGCUUCUGAAAAGGUUGAAGAAGAAGCCAUCAGGAUUCAGGAAAAAGUUUUUAAUUUUGUUGUUUUUUGUUAUAUACAUUGUCAAUCUCCUCUGUAAAUGCUAGUGUAAACCUGUUUUCAUGUAAAUCUCUCAAACCUGUAUUAGUAGGAACUGGAACAAAUGAAACUCCCGUUU